AUGUAUUCAGCAACCCUUCACCCGUUACCGCCCCUUAUUCAGGAGAUGCUCGACAAUCCUCCAGAGGAACUGUUGAUUCACAGAUACACUGGGAUGAAAGACCUCGAGAUUGCCUGUGAGCCAAUUGCUGAGAAGCUCGGGCGACACGAAAGAGAAGAGCAGUUAAUGAUCGUGACACACUUUCCGGAAAAAUAUAUUGAGGAUGGAGGAGACAUAGUUCGUCGCCGAGUUUACAAAUCAACUCGAAAGAUGUAUUUCUGGGAGCAUCAUCUGCUUAUUCUUCAAUUCCGUCCAUGCAAUCAGUACUGCUGGGUGUCCAAUAUACUCCUCAACUUCUGUUGUAAAUGGGAGUUCGAGUACAAAACCGAGAGGGGGAUUCCCAGGGAUGAUCUUCGCAACGGGCUUGCAAUGGUGUAUUCGACGUGGCCAGACGGAUAUUUUGGGCAACACUCGGCAAGGGAGUCUGCUUUGACUGUUACUCCCAUGUCAGGGCUGAAAAAGCAAUGUGGGACCCAGUCGCGGAGCAGCUCCUCCUUUACAUCUCCAUCCAAUGAUCUACUCUUAUACAUACCCUUCGAAGGAUAG